ACUGUAAUCGAUAAAAUUGCCUGAGAUGGUAUAGCGAAUAGCGAUGUGUCAGAAACGUCGAACGUCGUGGGAUCUACGCGCGAUGCGAGCGAAAGGAGAUAGGAGAGGAAGGAACACGUACACAUAGGACGUGCAGGGAAGCGUGAACCGUGUGGAAUUGUGGAAACUGAGAGCGAGGAGCGGGGGUGGGGGAUGACAUGACAGCGAGAAGCGAGACAGUGAUGUGGUAACAGCUGUACUAGCUGUAGCUCCAAGCUUCUCGGAGGAUUUUCGGAUCGAACGAAAUCGCUCCGUUAGUGUCAAUAUAGUGUCUCUUUAUACGCAGCCCGCGUCCGGAGUGUCGGGUGCGACGCGAGUCGCGAGUUCGCGAGACGCGGCGGUUGCGGCGCAUGGCAUAUUAACGCCGCCAGGGCGAGCGAGACGGGACUUACGGGACUGGAUCGGGUCGAAUGCGAUCGGUCGACGGCGACGGCCCGAAUCGGACAAUUCCUAAUACACAACGGAGCUUACGGAGCACCUCUGACGCGCCAUGUCGCGCGUUCCCAGCUGAUCCCACGUUUGACACAACAACGCUGAACGCACGCGUUUCUCGCGGGCGGUCGACCGUCGACGGCCGAAAUUGCGCAAUUACAAGGUGGAAGACAUAGCCGCGCGCGUCUUCCUACAUGAGCGUGACUCGGUCGUGAUUCGGUAAAAUCCCGGAGAAGCUGCCGAGAGAGAAUGGCGGAGCUGGAUGACUUAUUUCACACGGAUCAAUAUGUAGGCCCGGAGCGGCUUACCGAUCUGUGCUACAAACUCAUCUGCGAGAAUCUCGAUAUUAUCUCGGUAAAGGGGAAACGCGGCCAUCGGAUGCUGCGGAAGGGGAUAACCUUCCCGAGCGAGAUAUGCGACAAGAUUAUAGAGUACGCGCAACGCAGCGAGGCGACCGAGGACGACGAUUGUUUUUUCUCGAUCUUCAAAAACCUCGCGGCGACCCGACUGAAGCACGUCAAGAUCUCCAAUUGCAGCCUGAGCAACACCUCGGUCCAGACCCUCGUCAGCCACAAACUCUACGACUUAGAACUCACCGAUUGUAGUAACUUAACGGAAUUUUGCAUCGAGCAUAUUAAUGCCAAUUCGGAGAACUUGCACAGCUUAGCGUGCCAUGGAACUUCGAUGAUCGUACCUUCUAGUUUAAACGCCCCUGGCACGUCUAUCAAUUACUACCAACGAGGAUACGUUUUCAAAACGCCAAAUUUAAAACGUCUCGCAUUAGGAUACGUAGGAAUACCCUCGUCAGAAUAUUUACUGCUCUUAGCAGGGUUAACGAAUCUGACGCACCUGGACUUGUCCAAUAGUUGUAACAUUGAUACUUUUGAAUUUUAUCACCUGGUACCAAAUUUAGUAUCCUUAGCUUUGUACAAUGUCAAGGUCAAUACCGACCCAAAAUCUUUUGUCAUGAACAUCUGUCAGUUGAAGAAUUUAAGGCACUUGGAUAUUUCUCAGUCAAAUUAUAAACAGGGACAGUUUGAUAAUCCCAAUAAGAUCCUAGCUGACCUAGUGAGUGGUCUACCCCAAUUGGUUUCUCUAGACAUUGGCGGCACAAAUCUUGCCGGAAGGGGCGUUGCUGAACGUCCCAUUGAUACAAAUAUCGAGGAUACCAAUUUUGGAUAUACCGAUAUACCAGGACUCGCAUCUAGGAUACAUAAGCCAUUACAAUUUUUAGGACUUUUUGCAACUGCUUACGGUGCUUGUAGAAGACAUGACAUACCGGCGAAAGUGGUGGCUGGUGAUGCAAAUGAAGAUCAAAUAUUGAUCGCAGCUCAUGUUUGUAUGGACAAUAAGCAAGAAUUGCUACAAAAAGUAUUGAGUGACUUAUACCAUGUAUUUAGGUAUGAAAAUUGUCAUAGAAUGGAUCAAGCACUAUGUACCGUCUUGGAAGCGAUGGAAAAGCAUCCAACUCAAAAGCAUAUACAGAUAUCAGGAAGCGCCACGUUAUUUUACAUAGUAAAGAUGAAGGAAAAGGGUGAAUUAGUAGCGCGAAUGAAGAGAAGGAUUAUCAGUACUCUCCUUGCUGGUAUGAGCACACAUAGGGACGAAGAGACUAUGAUGCGGAACGGUUGUUUGGCAUUGUGUCAAUUCCGCAUACCACAUGAUGUGAUGUCGAAUUAUGAAACCCUUGUAAAAGUGCUUCUACAUUCAGCCAAACACUCAGAGCCAGAAAGUUUUGUCCAAAGAAUUGGCAUAUAUCUAUUAAAUUCUUUAGCUUGUCAAGUGGAAGGUAAAGAGAAAAGAUUACUCGGCAAACUGGGUUGCGUUAAAACUAUGUUAGAAUUGGUCGAGUACAGAGUGGAGACGAAUAUAUUUGACGAUGUAUUAGAAGUCGCAUGGUCAACUAUGUGGAAUAUGACAGAUGAAACAUCUAUAAAUUGCCAACGAUUCUUAGAUGAGGAAGGCAUGGCACUCUUCCUCAAAUGCGUACAGCAAUAUCCACAUAAAGAAGAACUGUUGAGGAAUAUGAUGGGUUUGCUCGGUAAUGUAGCAGAAGUCGAAUAUCUUCGGAUCCAUCUUAUGCAGGAACGAUAUGUAACCGUCUUCGCCAAUCUGUUACGUUCUAAUAGCGAUGGAAUCGAGGUUCCAUACAAUGCUGCUGGUAUAUUGGCACACAUGGCAUCUGAUGGUAUUGACGCUUGGACAAUAGAAAAGCCAACUCGUAAGGAGGUUCUUAAAUACAUGGUGCAAGCGAUUGAAAGUUGGGACUUAAAUGCAGAACGUAAUAUUAAUUAUCGCUCGUUUGGACCAUUAUUACGCCUGCUGGAUGUGUAUCAUACUCCUCCGUGUCAACAUUGGGCUGCUUGGGCUCUCGCCAAUCUCACCAAAGUAUACUCAUUCAAAUACUGUGCAUUGGUAGUAAAAGAAGGAGGGCUAGAGAAGCUACAUACGGUGAUAGAAGAUUCCAGACCAUACGAACGUAUAAAAGAACUCGCAAACUUGGUGAUCGAAAAUUGCUGUCAAUAUGAGAGCCAUUCCGACGAUGUAAAUGUUUCUAAUUCUGCCUUAGACGCGGAAUAUAGUCUGGACGGCUGAAAGAAAUCUUAGUAACAUCAUUAUGCACGUCGCAUAAUUUAUAUCAUCUCUUUAGACAAAACAAAUUAUGAUUAGUAUCAUAACUUUGACGAAUAGCGGAGGAAUAAUUACGUAGACGAGUCAAAUUAAACAUGAGUGUGUUACAUUAACUUGAUAACGAUAGAUCUGUUCUUUGUAGCUGUGCUAUGUCAUAUGUCAUACUUUCUGCACUUAAGACGAAAUAAGUAUAUGUCGCAGGAAUUUCGUGUAACUCUUUUUUUUUCCCCAAAAUCCGUAGGGAAUCCACAAAAAGCUGGGAUAUUGUGAAAUAAAUAAAAAUUAAUAUAAAUAUAAUAAAAGUUAAUAUAUAAAUAUAAACUUAU